AUGUCGUUCAUAACAAAAAGAGAACGCGUAUUCAAUGAAUACGACCUUUUAGAUUUACCAGGAAGAAAUGAAGGAAAACUGAAAGCAUAUGCAUCGUGUACUGAUGCAAGGGCGUGGUCACAUUUUUGUUCAGACAAAAGUGAUCAUUUGGUAGAAAUUAUAAAACGGAAUAAUGAGAUUUGUCGACCGAAGAAGUACAUUCCCACUGACGUGAUAGUGAACACAUUAAUGGGGGCAAAAAAUGCCGAGAUUAAUCGUUUGAGGCGCAAAAUUGAAGAAUUUGAACAACUACUGGUGGCUUAUGAUCACCUUGAUCUAACACCUGAUCAGAAAAUCGAAAUAGCGAACGCCCACGCAGCUAUAAAAGCCGCCAAUAAGGAGCUUGAUGAUAUGUGCUUGGAUUUGGAUUUAUCAGGUUACACAGAGGGUAUUGAUUCCGAAGCUUUUCAGACUGGAAAGUCGAGAGGAGAUGAGAGGUCUUUAGAUAGAAUUUGCGAUCCUAAGGAAACUAAGAGCAACCAGACAAUGGGAUUGUCUUGCCCUUGCGAUGCCAGCACUGCUGCUUACGACCCAAGAAUCGACGAAAUGCAAGAAGUAAUAAUCAGUAAAGAUGCUAAAUUGAACGCGAUGCGAAAUACAAUUGCUGUUAUGGAGAAUGAUGUUUGUGAGCCUUAUUGCAUCUAUGCUCAUAUUUACACGGCACUAGAGAAAAUAUUUGCUGUAUUAUGUCAAAAUGAAAAAUAUAAGCAGUAUCUUGAUCUUCUGACAUCUGGAAAAGAUACUCGGAACGUCGACAUUAAAGGAAAAAUCUUCUAUAAAUUGAAAGUACUGGAAAAGUUUUGCUUUGCCCUAAUUGCUCCUUGCUCGAAGGAUUGUUCUUGUUAUCACGCUGAAAUAACUUCAUGGAUGGAAACUACAUUUGCGUUGACGUCUAAAGAAACUGUGAUUACAAAUCUUGAUAGUAAACGAGCUGAGCUUGUAGCUGAUAUAAUGGGAAAUGAUGAGAUGAAACAAAUACUGAGUAAAAAAAAUUCGUCAGUAAAAGUUGAAGAGAUUUCUGCUGAAGAGGAUUUUGUCGUUAAUAAUAACUGCAGUAUUAACGUAGAAAACCUAAUUCGCUUAAAAAAUUUACAAGCAAGUUAUGAAGAUCUUCUAACUUGCUAUGAUGAAUUAAAGUAUGAAAAGAAUUGUUUAAUAAUUAAGUGUCAAAAAUACGAUGAAUUAGAAAAAGAGUAUGAAAAGUUGCGUGAUCAAUUAAAUUCGUAUAAUAGUUUGUGGAAUGAACGAGAAUAUUAUAAAAAAAGAUCAGAAGAUCUCGACAUUUUAAAGGAAAAGUAUUUAGUAUUGGCUGAUGAAACAUUAAAUUUGGAAACGCAAUUAAAAGCUCAAAUUGAAAUAGCCGAUGCGAAAUCAGUUACAAUGGAACAAUUAAGAAAUGAAAAUGUAAAUUUAGAAAAAAGAAUAAAUGAAGCAUCCAUAGUGUGUGAAAAAGAAAAACAUGCACUUACAUGCCGACUGCAGGAAUAUGAAUGUAAAAUAAUGUGUCAAGACCAACAAAUACAAAGUUUAUUGGUUCAAAUUAACAAGUUUCUUGAACGAAAUAAUGAUGACGUCCUAGAAGGAAAUGAGUUAAAGAUGAUGGGGUUGAUUAAUCAAAUUGAAUCGCAAAAGGAACAAAUAAAUAAUCUUAAGGAUUCUCUGUUCCACAAAGAGGAAGAAAAAAAGAAACUUGAUGAAGACUUUCAACAAAAACUUGUGAUUAUCAAUAAUUUAAGAUUGGAGAUUGAAGAUUGGAAAAGAGUGUGUGAAAAAACAAUUCAACGUAAUGAUUAUUUGGAAAAGCUAAUAGAAGAAACACAAGAUGAAAUGAAGAAGUUAAUUGAUGAAAAUAAGAGUCUUACAAUUGACGUCGAGGAUAAAGCUAUUGCCAUAGAGAAUUUAAUGAAAGUUGUCAGCAACAAAUCGUUGGAAAUUAAUAAAUUGGCGGAAGAAGUGGAAAGCACAAAACAGCAAAAGGGUGAUUUGAUCAAGCAGUUGAAUGAAAUACAUCAAAGUUACAAUGAUAAAAUACACACACUCGAAAAUGAAAGAAAAAUUGCAAUGAGUUCAAUAAAAAUAGCUACCAAGGUAAGUGAAACAUUGCUUGGUAAAAUCUCUGACUUCGAUCUGAUAAAUCGAGAACAAAAUGUGGCAGCCAGUGGACAAACCACGGAAAGUAAUGAAUUGUCUGAAAACAUUGAAACUAUAAAAGCACAAAAUGGAAUAAAACAGAGUUCAGAAGACAGUGCACACUCUGAUGAAGUUAACAAAUUUCAAACAUUCAAUGAAAAAAAUACACAAAAUGAAAUAAAGCAGAGUUCAAAAAACAACUCACACUCUGAUGAAGUUAACAAACUCCAAACGUGCAACGAAAAAAUUACACAAAAUGAAAUAAAGCAGAGUUCAAAAGAUAACUCACACUCUGAUGAAGUUAAUAAAUUUCUAACGUUCAACGAAAAAAAAUCACAAAAUGAAAUAAAGCAGAGUUCUAAAGACAACGCACACUCUGAUGAAGUUAACAAAUUUCAAUCGUUCAACGAAAUGCAUGACGAAACAUUGAUAAAAAAGAGCAGUGAAUAUAUGAAAGGUUUAGAAAUAAAAGAAAACGAAAGUGAAAUAUUGAGAAAUAAGCUUCAAGAAAUAAGCUACCUUGCGGAUAAAUGUAAUGUGUUAAAAGAUUCAUAUCAACAAAUACUUGAAGAAAAAAAUUGUCUUUUAAAUGAAUUAAGAGAUAAAUCUAACAAACUUGAGGAAGCAAAACAUCUCAUACAAGUGAUGAACAAUGAAAAACGAUAUUUUCUUGAGCAAAUAGACGAAAAUGAGAAAAUAAAAGAAGAAGAAAAGAAUUGUCUUGUCAAUGAAUUAAGGGAUAAACUUGAGGAAGCAAAUCAUCGCAUACAAGUGAUGAACGAUGAAAAACGAUAUUUUCUUGAGCAAAUGGACGAAAAUGAGAAAAUAAAAGAAGACCUAAUAAAAAUAAAAUAUCAUAACGAAAUACUUUUAGAGACCAAAAACAGUUUUCAAAAUGAUUUAUCAUUGAAAAAUCGCGAAAUUGAAAGUCUGUUGGCAAUGUUAGAUAAAAUUAAAAUAGAAAACCAGCGUGUUCACUUUAUUUCGGAAAGAAUUAGAAUUUUGGACCAAAAAAUAAUGCUAUUAGAUAAAUCUUAUGAUGAUUUAAUUCAAGAAAAUAAAUUUGUUUUAAAUCAAAUAAAUUUGCAAAAAGAUGAACUUAAUAAUCUUCAUUGUACCUUGAAAGUAAAAUCUGAGGAAAAUAAUAACUUGUCAAUUCAAAUACAAUCACUUCAAGAACAACUAAUGCAAGCCCAUAAUAAAAUAGAUUAUUUAGAAAAGGAAAAUUUAACUAUUACGACAGAAUUAAGUGCAAUAACAACUGAAAAUGAUUACCUGAAAAAGAAAAUUAAUUCAUAUUAUGAAAAAUUAGAAAAUGAACUAAACCUUAUAAAAACUUCCUAUAAUCAACUUAAAUCUGAAAAAGAAAAGGUUCAAUGUGAUUUACAAUUACAGUUAACCCUAAAGAAGGAAAUAGAAUUAGAAAAUAAAAAUUUACAAAAUGAAAUUAAUAACCUUAUGAAUAUAAGAAAUGAGGUUCACCAACAACUAGCGUCAUCUUCUACACUUUAUUUAGAUUUAAAAGAAGAAGUACAAAAAAUGAAAAAAGAAAAAGAUCUUAAUCAAAUACGGAUUCAAAGUUUAUUAGACGACAUAGAUAAAUCGGAUCAAUUAAUUGUUAACCUCAGGGAAGAUAUUUCAACCCGCGAUGUAAAAAUAUCGAUUUUAGAGAAUCAUGUCAAUGAAUUAGGUGAUGAAGUCCAAAGAUUACAAACAAUUUUAUCUACCACGAUUGACUUUGGAGAAGCAAUAAAUGAAAGAAAUAAUAAAAUUGAUAAUUCGUUAAAGCAAAUGGAAGCACAUCACUCAAAAGCUACUCAUAAUAUGAGAAUUGAAUUAGCGAAAUUAAUGGAUGAAAAUUAUAAAUUGGAAGAAAAAAUUUCUGCCACAAAAGAGGAAAUUGAGGAAUCUACAAUGAAAAAAGACACUUAUUCUUCUCAGGUAACUCGUUUAGAAGGCGAAAGAGAAAUAAUUGUAACAUACAUUAAGCAACUUGAAAUAAAAUGUGUAGGUGAUAGCGCUUUAUCGCCUGAUAAUUGUUAUGUUGAGAAUAUUUUGACAUCGCUAGACAUAAUCAGUGAUUAUAUAGAAGCUAGAAAUAAUUCAUCUCAGUUAGUUUUAAGUAAAGCUGAUGAGGCUAAAAGAAUUGUUGAGAAAGAAAAGCAGAAUAUAAUAAAAGAAAAAGAAGAAAUCAUAAAAGAUAAAAUUAAUGUACAAAAACAAUUAGUUGUUCUGAAGGAACAGUUAGAAGAACAAAUAACUAAAGACAAGGAGAUUAUUAAUGACUUAGAAGCAGAAUUAUCAAAUCAAAAGCUUAUAAUUAGUAAAAUAAAUGAAUCAACAGAGAAUUAUGUCUUAAAAUUAGAAGAAGAACUACGAUCUCUUCGAGAAUUGUACACAAAUGCAUUAGCUAAAAUAAGUGAUUUGGAAUAUAAUUUAUCAAUUGAAAAGGAACAAAACAAACAAAAUAAUAAUAUUAUUGAACAGGCAAAAAUCGAUUUGGAAAAAAAAUGUCAAGAUAUUAAAACUCUCCAAGUGAGUUUUGAGACUUUAAAAAAUAAAAAUUUAAUGGAUUUCGCUAUUCAAUGUAAUAUAAAAAAUAUUCAAAAUAAUAUUUCAGCACAAACUGAAAAUAUGGGGCUACGGGAAAUUUCCGUUAAUUCUUUGGAAGAAAAGAAUAACACAACAUUCGAUAGUGUAGAUAGUUUGGAAAAUGACAAGGUAAUGAAUUUAAAAACUACAGGUUUUGAAAACUUAAAAUCUGAUCAAAAACUAAACGAUUUGAAUUUGAAAAAGGAAUCUGAACCAAUCAAUGAAGUUCAAAUUUUGACCGCAAAUGUAAAACCUGAUUUUGAUUUCGUAAGAAAUGCAUAUUUAAGUUACAAAUUAAAAAGACUUAGUAUAGGAGGAAUGGAACAAUAUUCCGUAUCUUGUAUCAGUGAUGAAGACAUUUCGGAUUCUUAUGGCAGGGAAUCGCUUACAGUCAAUAGUAAAUUAUCCAGUAAAAGUUUAGCCACUCCUACGUUUACUCUUAAGGAACCAAAUAUUAAAAUCAAUAAAAUCUCAGAUAUUCAAACUCCGUAUUCUACAUCAAGCUUAAACUCUAAUGACACUAAUCAGAACCGUGGUAAUAAGACAACAGUUACUGGUUUUACUAUUGUUGAUAGUAAAACUAAAGACCAUUUCACUAAUAGCAUCAAAAAUGGUAAAAGUCGUAUAACAUCGACUCACAAGAAAAUCCCUGACGAUAAAAAAAAUAAUGACCAGUACCAAUUCACAAAUAGCAUUAAAAACAGUAAAAGAAGUUUAACUUCUAAUAAUUUAGAGGUCUCCGAUUAUGAAGAUAUUUUUGUUAUUUACCAGGAUACUGAUCAUGACAAUAAAUCUAGAAAUGAUUCAAGUAUUUUAAGUAACAAAGAAUACUUAGUAAAAUCAAAAUCUUUAGAAAUAAAUAAAAUGAACUCUCAAACAAAAGACAAAAAAAUCGAAAAAGUGUUAGUAGAUUCACUACCUAUUAAUUAUACCAAGCCUAUGGUCAGCAACAACCAUGAACGUAAAAAAAAAUCAUUGAACCAACCUAUGCAAAAUUCUUUAAGUGAAGUAUCUCUAAUAAAAAAAAUGUCCCACCACUAUAUAAAAAUCAAUAACAAUGAAAAGAAACGUGAAAAUAAUGAUGACAAAUUGAACGCCGUUAGAUUGUCACGUUCACUUAAUUCCUUGAUAUCCUCUGAGGUGGAUGCUGAAUCAAACCAAGAAGUUGUCAAUGUGAAUCAUAAUAUUGGAAAAUUAAACGCAGUAUUAAAUAAAAAUGAAGAAUAUAGGGAAGUACACUGGAAUAAGCAUCAUGAUGUUACGCGCGAUAGUAUAAAUAAAUUAAGUUAUGAUGAAAACACAUUAAAUGAUAUCGGUAAAAACAUUUCAAUAAUAAAAACAAAACAACAAGAAACAAUAAAUAAAAAGAAUAGACCAAUAAAACAUAAAUUAAAAAAAAUUGAACAUGACUACAUUUCGAACGCGGCAAAGCAACAUAUCAAAUUGGAAGAUGAAACAUUUAAAACUGCUAAUGAUAGCAAGGAUACACUUACUAAAUCAAAUUUUAUUUCCAAUAAUUCCAGUGCUUCAAAAAAUCUAAUUUUCCCAAAUAGUUCAUCAAAAUCUGAAUCUAGUAAAAAUGCUAUUACACAAAUUUAUAAUUUGGAAGAUGAAACAUUUAAAACUGCUAAUGAUAGCAAGGAUACAUUUACUAAAUCAAAUUUUGUUUCCAAUGAUCCCAGUGCUUCAAAAAAUCUAAUUUUCCCAAAUAGUUCAUCAAAAUCUGAAUCUAGUAAAAAUGCUAUUACACAAAUUUAUAAUUUGGAAGAUGAAACAUUUAAAACUGCUAAUGAUAGCAAGGAUAUAUUUACUAAAUCAAAUUUUGUUUCCAAUGAUCCCAGUGCUUCAAAAAAACUAAUUUUCCCAAAUAGUUCAUCAAAAUCUGAAUCAAGUAAAAAUGCUAUUACCAUUAAAAAUAAAUUAGAAACAAAUGAUAUUGGUGUAAUGGUUGAAAUUGAAGAUGUUUCUUAUUAUAAUGAAAAGAUAAGGUCUCUUACAAAUACAUUAAAAAAUGUUGAACGAGAGUAUAAAGAGAAAAUUCGAGCUAUCAAAGCACAAUAUGAUAAUAACGUAAAAAAUAUAAUGAAUGAGCACAAUCAAGGCGUUCACAACCUACAAAGUCUUCAUGAGGAAACUUUGCAAGACAUACUAAAAUUACAUGAAAACGAAACAGACACUUUAAGAACAUUAAGUACAGAGGCUAUGCGAAAAGUAGAUAAACUGGAGAAAGAAAACCACAUUUUAAGAGAUGAAAUACUAAAGUCGAGCCUGUUCAACUCAGAUGAGGAACAGCAAAAAAUUUCUUCUCCUGAAAUAAAGAAACGCAUGAUGAAACAUAAGUCUCCAUUUGACAUUAAAACACUUAGCAAAACAUCAGUAGAGGAAUUUAGUAUUAAGCCAAAGGUAAGAACACAUGGUCUAUGCACGUGUUCUGUCGGUAUGAACGUUUCUGACACCAUCCGCAAAAUAUUUGAGCAAGUGGAUUUGGACCAACGAAGAACGGCUGAACAGGCAUACUUAAAAUAUGUCGCAAAUAAAAUAUUGACGGAAAGCGUUGAGGCGUUAGAUGCUCAAGAGCUCUCAUUUUUGCAUUUUAAAGUAUGCAGAACGUGGAAGACGAUACUACGUAAGCAAGAAACAGUUCAUAAAAGGAUAGACUCCUUAGAAACCGAACUUAUGAAAAAACAACGACUAGCACAAAAACAUAUUAUGGAGUUAGAUCGUAAAGUGGCGGAAGAAAGACGGCGUUUACAAGAAGUUCGUGAUGCUCUAUGUCGCGACACGCUGGCAGGCACUCGAGCCAGUAGUCCCCAGCCAUCAACGCGUAUUAUUCUUCAACACAAUAUCGCCGAGAAGGAUGUAUCGCGUAACUGCAUGGAGGCUGUAUACAAUUAUGGACUUGAAGAGAGGCUUUCUGCAGGCGAUCUCACACCACGAUUGUCCUGUAGCGACCUACGAUGUCGUCGAGUUACUAAAGAAAGCAAUAGGGCAGUCCAGGCAAAAGUAGACGCUGGGGAACGUCGGGAGAAGAAAUCAUAUUGCGACGAGCGACCAACACGCUUACGGCGUUCAGUCGAGCGACCGCAUAGCCGAAUUCAAAAAAAAUAA